UAGGCGCGGGGACGAUGUGCUAUCCAGUGGUGGAGAAGACGGGUCUGGCCCCGAUGCUCACCGUCAGGGCCUCUGGACCGCUGGACAAGAACUUCUACGCGGACUGCCUCGCGUGGGUUGACACAUCUGACCGUGAUACCCUGCGUUUCGCGUUUUGUGACGGUGAGACACGUGAAAUAGGUAGAUCCGAUGUGGAGAAUAUCAUGGGCGUGGCUUCCGGCAAAAGGAAAAUUGUCUUACAAGGCCCAAGGAUAAGGGUAGGCUAGUAGAGAAGGUGCAAAGUGUGCUAGGGUUACCUGUGAACAGAAACAGGGGCAUCAGGGUCGAAGACCUUAAAAAGGUUAUGCAGAUUUGUGAUGCUUAUUGCAUUAACCGGGAGACUUGGAAGAGAUGUCUGGCUGCAUACACCCUGCUUUCCUGCUGCACUUUGGUCUCUCCAAGGGCAGCAAACGCAAACGUGCCAGAUGAACUACUACGUUGCGUGCAGAAUCCAGUUGAGAUAGGUGAGUACGACUGGGCAGGGUACAUACUAGAUGUACUUCGAGCUAGUGCAGAGAGAUUCCAGCAGGAGAUGAAUGAAGGAGCUCCAUCCCUGACUUCUGGGGGGUCCAACUUGUUUCUGCAGCUGUACUGCCUGGAGUGGACAGAUUUUAGGAAGCACAGCCUAGACACAGACUUGGUCCCCAAAAUUGGUGCAUAUACAACUGAGAAGAUCAAAGAACUAAUCAAGCUGGAGAUGCAAGACAGGUUGCUGAAGUCUCCACGAUAUAAGAUGAGGAGUGUUGAGAGCAUGGCCAGUAGAGCGAGAAGAUUACAUCCAUUGAUCGCAGGUGCCGGGACAGUAAAAGAGGUGCGUGCUUUCUCAGUAAUUAGUCACUCCUGA